AUGCCCCUGCAGGCUCUGCGCACUAUCUCAAAGGCCCAGAAUGGCGUCGGUGCCUUUAUCCUACAAUGCAAACGCCUCGAUUUCCACUACUGUGACUGGGCUGGUAGCUCAAAGGGCAUGAACUCCUUCUUGAAGUACGACCUCCCAGCCUUUGCCCGCGCAAACCCCCAAGUCGAAAUCACCGUCUCGCCUCGCCCUCGCAAACACCCCGUCAUCAAAGGGACAUACAUCAAUGGCCGUGAAAAGGCCAUCUGCGUACGCAACCUCGAGAAAGAGCAAGUCAUGAAGAAGGCCGAAUUGCUGCGCGACGCGAGCGGCGACAAGUUGAAAAAGGUCACAAAGCCUGUCAAGAGUAUCAACGAGAGUGUUAGAGGUAUCUGGGAUCCUUUCCACGGCUCAAAGUGGUCUGUUUGA